CUUAGACUGACUUGAGAGGAUCGUCGACAAAAAUAUUCAUCACAAAAAAAUGAUGAUGAGAGAUGUUCAAAACGCAAACAGAGUCCAGACGAGUGCAAACGACGUACCUUUUCAAUCACCAGGAGAUUACGUUAGAUUCAUAAGCCCAGAGGUUUACAGAUCCAACAGACAAAAGUAUCUCAGAAGCUACACGUUCAAAAGCUACGAGGAUGAACAAAUCUUGUCCGCCAAGAAACAGAGGAAGUGGUUCAAGAACAAGAAGGUGAUGAAGAGGACGACUGAGUCACUUGGGAACUCGCUCAAGUCUUGUCUCAGGCUCUUAUUCUCUUGCUUCCAUGUCUGAUUCGUAUAUAUAUGUGUGUACGACCAUUUCCUUUUUCUUUUAAUCGUAUCUUCAGUAUGUCCUUUGGAAUAAUUUCGAACUCCUUUGUAUAUGUUUAACCAUAUCGAAUUCGAAUGUUAUACGUUCAUAUUUUGCAGGUCCAUCAAA